UUUCUAUAUUGGUCUUCAAAGCGCUUGAUACACGAUUCAAAUCAAAGUAGAGUAGCAGUAAUACAUCAUAGAACCGUCCAAAUAUAAGUAGUGAUUCGUCCAAACGAAGCUUAUAAGUAUAAAAUGUUAGGAACGUGCAUUUUCAAUUAUAGGGCCAGUUUUUUUCGGUGUCAGUUAAAAAGCAACUGGGCUGUGAAAUUUUUCGUAAUUUUUCAAUUUUUUCUUCUUUCUCUUCUUUCUCUCUUAUUUUACUCAUAAUACCAGCUUUUUCGACCACUUUUGGUUUUGGUUUAUUCGCCAAGAAAAACUCAAGAAUACAUUAUACAGCACAAAAAUGACAACGGAAGCAAAAGAGAAUUUUGUUCGAGUGGUGUCUUUUGAUACUAUGACAGAUAAAGACUUGCCAAAUUAUUCAUUCACAUUAAGAGGGAAAUCGCCAGGAUAUAAACGUACAAGGCGUUCAAGAACAUUUAUGGUCGCAACAGACUUGGCCAAUUAUAGUGAAUACGCCCUCGCAUGGGCAAAUGAUGAAAUUAUGGAUGAUGGAGACGAGCUCAUUGUAUUAAGGGUAGUUACAGUUGAUAUGAAUGACAAAAAAGGUGACAUCACUAGUCUGUUAGAACAUGAAGCAAAACAAUCAAGAGAAAAAGCAAACCAAGUAAUGGAACGGAUUAUGAAGAAGAGUGAAGAGGAUAAAAAGAUUAGAGUCAUCAUUGAAUUUGUAAUCGGCAAGGUUCAAGAGACUAUUCAGCAUAUGAUUUCAAUGUAUCAGCCCUCACUGUUGAUUGUUGGAACGAGAGGACUUUCCGAGUUCAAAGGCAUGUUACUCAACAGCGUUUCGAAAUACUGCCUUCAACAUUCACCUGUCCCUGUAGCAGUUGUACGACCAGAGGAUAAGCUCAAAAAGACUUCAGGAUUGAAAGGAUUAAUGAAAAUCAGUAGCAAUACCAGUGAUGAAGAUCAGGAAGAGGAUCAAGCCAGUAGUAAUAAUAGUACUGUUAAUAGCAGCAAUGUAGAUAAAAAGUUCGGCAAAUUAAGUAUCACUGGUGGCUGGAUUUCUCGUACACGCUCUACUUCACCAAGUUAACUUUAUAAUGUACCGAAAUCAUCGUUUUCCAACGAAAAAAAAUAAAGCAUUCAUUAAACAAAUGACAGCGAAACUUAUAUCUUUAGUAACUGCCACUGAUGCUAUGUGCUUUCCUCUUACAGUGCGUAUAUCAACUCAAUUAGCAGAGAUGGAAUUAUUUGUAGACAAUACCAACUUUACAGGGUUGUUUAGUAAACAGAAUUAUUCAGCUGCUGGUAAUGGAUCAGCACAAAUAUACGGUUUCACCGCUGGCUUUAUAAUUUUCUGAUGAUCUUCGUUGCCAUUUUUAGCCAUGUCUUUUUGUUUCUGAAUA